AAACAUGUCAGUUGCGAUUGCAAUUCCACGGUGGCGGGUUAUGUGAAGUUAAAACCAAGUAAGUUUUACGCGGUCAACAAGAGUUUGUGCCAAUUUUAACUUAACGUCUUUGUUCUUUAUAAUUAUAAUUUGUGAAUGAAGUGCGUUGUUCCGUAUUCAGUGGUAUAAGUGCCGCGUAGUGAUGUAUAGAAAUUACCAAGUUAACGGUAUUGCUUUGUGAACUUUAGUGGUGUCAGAAUUUUGAGACACACCUACAGAUGCAAGAAGCCUGUUUUUGUGGCACAGAAUCCGGAUGCCGCCGAGUCAUGUGUGAUUUUUAAGUAGUCGCAUACACGAUCGACGAGUAUGGCCCGGUGGCAUUGCGUCGUUCUGUUUGCGACGCUAUGCAUAUGCACAGGAUCAUCAAACAAGCUGCCGGGGUUUGCGGGUGAUGUUGACAACUUGGCGUUGUCAGAGAGCACCCCAGUCGGUCAAGUUGUGCACACGCUAAAUGGAACGGAUCCAGAAGGUUUGCCGGUAAAAUACGAUCUUGUUGGUACUAACAAGUUCUCAGUGAAUCCGGAUACUGGAGAGAUCACCUUGAUACAGCCUUUGGAUAGAGAAAGAGAAGACACCAUAAAGUUCCUAGUGUCGGUACAAGACCAGGACCCAGAGGGCGUACUCAACCUGACGCACAAUCAGCCAAUGACUGUUAUUGUUCUAGACGAGAAUGAUAACCCGCCGAUAUUUAAAAAUAGUCCAUAUGAAGUGGAUGUAGCGGAAGACGAGGAAGUUGGCAAGACGAUCCUUACUAACAUCAAGGUAGAAGAUCUAGACUCUGUCGGAGAUAGCUUGGAAGUCGGCUGUGAACCCAGUGAACAGUGGCCGCAAGCAUGUGAGGUAUUCGAAGUGACGAGCCUGCACUCCACCGCCAAUCAGUACACCGGGGCAUUGGUGCUGAAGAAGAAACUCGACUAUAAUGAGAACCAGUUUUAUCAGUUCCAGUUGUAUGCUACUGACGGGUCACUGAACUCGAGCGCUCCGGUAGAGGUAAAGGUGGUGGACGUCCAGAACUCUCCGCCGGUGUUCAGCGGCGCACUGAGCGGCGCUCUGCCGGAGGACGCGCCGGUGGGCACUGUGGCGCUGACUGUACGCGCGCGGGACGCAGACCGCGCACAGCCCAGGGACGUCAAGCUGGACCUUAUCACUAAUCCUCUGGACUUCUUCUGGCUGGACAGCAACACGGGCGAGCUGAAGACCGCCAGGCCUCUAGACAGGGAGGCACUCGCCGACCCUAAUUCACCUUUAAAUCUCACCGUUCGUGCUACAGAGCUAGUGAACGGUAUCCCUGUAGUGAGCAACAUAACAUCGACGUUGGCGACGGUGACGGUCACCAUCCGGGACGUCAACGACGAGCCGCCGCGGUUCAACCGCCGCGAGUACCACGUGGAUAUACCGGAGAGUUUGCCUGUGGGCACACCGCUGCCUAACUUGGAUAUGGUGGUUACUGAUACUGAUGUCGGAUCAAACUCUGUGUUUUCUUUGCGACUGUCGGACGAGAUGGGCGCGUUUGUAGUGGAGCCCGCGACGGCCACGGGAAGCGCCACCGUCACGCUGAGACUCAACACCAGCCUUGACUAUGAAGACCCAAACCAGAGGAAAUUUAUAUUGGAGGUUAUAGCAGAAGAAGUACACACAUCACCGAAGCUGUCGUCGAAGGCGAGCGUGACGGUGUCCCUCUGGGAUGUAAAUGACAAUGCUCCACACUUCCCGGACGAGCCGCACGCCGCUAGUGUACCUGAGGCUGCGCCCCCAGGGACGCGUGUCACUGCACUCCGAGCCACUGACAGGGAUACUGGACGGUAUGGUACAGAGGGCAUAGUGUACGAGCUGUCUGGCAGCGGGGCGGAGCUGUUCCGUGUGGACAGUCGCAGCGGAGUCAUCUCGGUGGCCGAGUGCGCGACGCCCGGCACGCCGCCAUGUCUCGACUACGAGACGCGAAAGGAUUACUUCUUGCAGUAUAAAGCGACAGACGAGGACGGCAACGGACAGACGACGGUGGCGUCGCUGCAGCUGUCCCUCUCCGACUCCAACGACAACGCGCCUGUCUUUCUCACUCCCGUGUACAAGGCAUCCAUAGACGAGGACGCUGUCAAAUUUGAACCUGAACUACAGGUUCAAGCGCGGGAUGUGGACGUAUCAUCAGACAUCCGAUACUCCAUUAUCUACCCGCCACGAAAUCCUUUCUGGAUCGACCCGCAGUCGGGCAAGAUCGCCGUCAGGGGGGAGAUCACCUCCGUCAACUCUACUGACAACAACCUCAUCGUACUCACUGUGCUGGCGACAGAUGGCGUGCACAACGCGACGUGCAGUGUGGAGGUGACGGUGCGUGACGUCAACAAUCACGCGCCCACAUUUGACACCGACAAAUAUGACGCUGACGUCACGGAGGACGCACCCAUUGGGACGGAGGUAGCGGCAGUGCGAGCUACAGACUUAGACAGCGGUAUCAACUCGCAGUUUACAUACGCGGUGCAGAAGGGGGCGCUGGACUCCUUCUCGGUACAUCCCCACACCGGAGUCGUCACAGUCUCCGCCAAACUCGACUACGAUAAGAGGAACACGUAUAGGAUACAAAUCAUCGCCACUGAUAUGGGUAUCCCGAGCCUGACUGGUACCACGGAGUUAACAGUCCAUGUGAUCAACGUGAACGAUAAAAAACCUGUGUUCACGCCCAGCGUGCAGAGAGCCGAGGUGUCAGCGGACGCGGAGGUCGGCACAGUCCUACAUAAACUGGUCGCUGUCGACCCCGAUAUCACGGACCACAGUCAGCUUCUGUUUGAAAUAUCGCAAGAGACGCCCAUACGUGCUGUUGAUACAAAUGGAAACGAGGUGGUGGAUGUGGGGGCGCUGGUGUCGUGGUUCUCAGUGCUGAGUGCGGGCGAGGUGGUGGUGGCGGGAGGUCUGCGCCGCAACAUGGCCGCCGUCGUCACUCUGCCGGUGCAGGUCACUGACACCUCCGCGCCCUCGCUGCAGCGCUCAUAUGGUGAAGUAAUAAUAACGAUAGUGGAUGUGAACCGCUACGGGCCCGUGUUCACGGAGCCGGCGUACUUGGAGUCGGUGCUGGAGGAGCAGCCUGUGGGCACAGUGCUCAACACCUACACCGCUACUGACAGGGAGACGCCCAUCGCCUCCAUUCUUAUAUACCCGCCCUCGCCAUACUUCCAUAUUGAUAAUGUUACUGGCGUAGUGAAGAUAGCGCAACGUAUCGACUACGAGCAAGUGAAGCAUUUGAACUUCACCCUGGUGGCGUACGACUCCGGCGUGCCGCAGCGCUCCACACCCGCCGCCGUCUCCAUUGAUGUGGUCAACGUGAACGACGAGGAGCCAGUGUUCGCCGCUGCCGAGUACGACGCGGCUGUGCUCGAGAAUGCUGACGCUGCUACUAGUGUGUUGACUGUCACUGCCCUUGAUAAAGAUGAAGGUGAAUUCGGUGAAGUUUCCUACAAUAUUACCGGAGAACUAUCCAACUUGUUCAAAAUCGACACAAACACGGGCGUGAUAUCGGUGGCAGAGGGCGCUGUCAUCGACAGAGAGAACAUCACUGACAUCUACCUGCGGGCGGUGGCAACUGACAAUGCGCCGCCACAGAUUAGGAAAACUACUAGCGUUCCUGUCCACAUAAAAGUGAUAGACGAGAACGACAACGCGCCAGUGUUCAGUCAGAAGGUGUACAAGAGCACUAUCGCUGAGAACCUGCAGCUGGAGCCGCCCGCCGCCAUCCUGCAGGUGCUAGCUGAGGAUAGAGAUGAAGGCAUCAACGGAAAGGUCCAGUACAGCAUUGAGGAGCAGAGCGAACCUGAUACAUUCAGAGUGGAACCUACUAACGGCAUCAUCUACCCGGCGAAGGCAGUGCGCGGCAACGCCACAUACCAGGUGACAGUGCGCGCGGACGACGGGCGGUACACGGCGCGAGCCCGCGUGCACAUCGCGGUGCUGAGCGUCAACCGGCACAGCCCAGUGUUUGUGCAUCCGCCGCCCGACCAGCGGCAGAUAGAGAUACCAGAGAACGCAGCUCAAGCAGACUACUUGAUAACAACAAUAAAAGCAACCGACGCUGAUAGCGGAGAGAAUGGCCGCGUCUCAUAUUAUCUGAAGGUUGACAACCGCAACGUGCGCGACACUCCGGAGUUCAGCCUGGAUACUGACACAGGGGAACUCAGGACUAAAACAUUCCUGGAUAGAGAGCAUAAAGCUGAAUAUCAGUUGGUGAUAGCUGCAGUAGACAAUGGCACUCCGGCGCAGUUCGAGAGCCUGCGCCUGCUGACCGUGGUGUUGGCAGACGAUGAUGACAACACACCGCGCUUCACGCAAAGACAUUACCAAUUCACCCUCGCUGAGAACUUGUCCCCAGGGAUUAUAGUAGGGUCAGUAAAAGCCAUCGACAAAGACUCCGGAGACAACGGCAAGGUGUAUUACCACGUGCUGGAGGGCAACCGCGAGGGCGCCUUCACACUGGACAGGACGCAGGGCAUCCUCAGAGCUAACACUUCCUUCGACAGAGAAAAGCAAGACGAAUACACAAUGACGAUAUAUGCGAGCAACAAUCCGAUACUGGAGCACGCGGCGGCCAUCUUGAAUUCCAUAGACAACAGCACUGACAGCCAAGAUGGCAGUGUUGCCACCCUCGGUGUUACCAUACUCGACGAGAACGACAAUGAACCGAAAUUCGGACAAGACGUUUAUUAUGCCGGUAUAAAGCAGACGGCGCGCAUCAACGAGCCGAUCAUCUCAGUGGCGGCGAGCGACCCGGACCUGCGCGAGAACGGCACGCUGGUGUAUGUGGUGGCCGCCUCACAUCUCUACAAGUUCGGCGCGGCUCGCUCCAGCGGCAGCGUCGUGCCCUCGCCCUUCAAUAUUACGCAGGACGGCGUCCUGAUGACCGCAGCGUUCAUGUCGGAGUACAACCAGGACAGGUUCGUGUUGGACGUGAUCGCGCAGGAGCUGGCGCCGCCUCACCGCCGCGCCACCGCCAAGGUCUAUCUGUGGAUAAUAGAGCGGUCGUCGCUGAUCCGGCUGGUGGUGUCGCGGAGCUGCGCGGCGAGCGCGGGCGGGGUGCGGGAGCGGCUGCAGGCGGCGGGCGGCGCGCUGCUGGUGCCGGGCCGCCGCCUGCCGCUGGUGCAGGCUGACAGGCUGCAUGAUGACUGGUGUGAGAUCCACUUGCACGCGGUGGACCCGGCAACGUACGAGGUGCUGCCGGUGGAGCGAGUACUGCAGGCCAUCGACGGCAAGUACGACCAGCUGAAGGACGUGUACCAGGAGUUCGGUGUGGAGACGCUGGUGGCCGCCAGCGCAGCCGCGCAGCCGGACACCUUCGACCCCGCGCUCGCCGCACUCAUAGCUCUGCUCAUUGUGCUCUUCACUGGCAUCGUCACCUUCGUAGUUGUGUGCGCUUGUCUUAAACACUGGGUGAUCCCGCCGCCGUCGCUACAAUCGAGCAAGGGCGACAGCUUGGCAAGGCGGAGAAUCCUUGAAGAGCUGAGCACGACGGAGAACCCGCUGUGGCUGGAGACCAAGCUGCGCCCCUACGAGGAGCAGGAGCUCACCAUGAACGUGUUCGGAGACCAGCCCGAGACCGCCGUCGACCAGCCGCAGACAGACAACACGUACGCCACUAUACAAGGCAGCCGCGCCACUGAGCGGUUCGGAGACUACGCCACACUGGGCGGGGACUCGCCCACGCCGCUAGAGGCCGCGCUCGGCUUCCAGGGCAGCACGUUCAAGCCGCCCUCACCGGACACGCCGGAGCCUCCGCCCCGGCCCUCCGCCCUCGGCCCCCUCUCACUGUCAUGAAUAUUCGACGUCACUAGGUGUACAGAAUAAUGAACUAUACGGAUAUUGUAAAUAUAGCUCAUAAUGCAAUGUGCAUGUUGACGAAGUAUUAUUUAACGGGCGUUAAGACUUCUAAAGAGAUAAUACAAGUAAAAUUUAAAAAUUUAGGUUAUAUGGAAUAUCGGCGGGCCGAAUGCGACUUUUAUAAAAUAUCAGUUUAUUAAAUACUCCUUUAAAAAAAGUCAUUAAUUUACAUAAAAAAACACUAAACUUGGAGUAAUUAUUCAUGGACCCAUGUUCAAAAGCGAACUAGUCAAUGAAGGAUAUAUUAUUUAGAAUAUACAUCGUCAACGUCCACUUUAGUACUUAAGUUAGAGCAGUUUGAGUCAGAUUUAUCUAGAUUUAAGACUAACUUGUGAUAAGUCAACACGUGUUAAAAUAAUUGUGACUUAGGUAAAUGAUAUAUAUCACAUACGAGCUUUUACGAUACUAAAAAGCAUUCUUUAUUUACGUAAAUUACGUAUACAAUUUAUAAUUUCCCGUUGGGCCUAUCGACUAUCGAAAAGUCAAUCGUCCCAACGGGAAACACCUAAUUUAUCUGGUAUUCCUAUGUACGGUUGUCAAAAUAAACAAUACAAAUUUUAGAAAUAAGUAUGUUCUGAUUAAAAAGAAUCUCCACUUUGGUUGAAGUAAAUUUUACGAAAUGUUAAACUAAGAUCUGCAUAAAAUUAUACAAAUUUUGCCUUUAAUUUUUAGACAUUAUUAAUUACAAUCCUUUGACGCGAAUGACGUGCUUUCGUUACAAAGCCUAGUAUCAGAAUGAACAGUGAUGGGACACAAACGUCGACACUCCAGUAAGGAUAGUGUUGAGUCAAUACACUGACUCAUUUCCGGAAUUUCUUCCAAACACUAUGUAUCAAAUGUUUUCUAUUUCAUAAGUAUAUAAAGUGCCAAGUCUUACCGUAAAUUAUUUCCAUAUGCAUUUACUAAUAUGAAAAAUCAUUUUAUUUGUAUUAAAAACAAAACAAUGAAAUUUGUAUGACGAUGAAUGAAAAUCACAAAUAGAGAUUUUAUAAAAAGUUUCCAUAAUUUUAAUGCCAUAGUAUGUGUUGUAAAGUGUACAAAAAUUGUAUUUUAUA